AUGACUAAAUUACAAUAUCUGAAUGUGUAUCUGACUGAGCGUCUCAUGCAAGCUGCUGGGGAAAUACUAAGAGUUGUCGCAGACACGAUCUCCGAGUACCAGGAAGAAAUAGCCCGGACAAAGAGAGAGAACAAAUACCUGAAACGACAACUGAACACACCGGUUCUAUCGUUGGCCCCUCAGUCCAUACUGUCUUGUGUCUCGGAGCAGCAAAGUCCACCUGAGCAGCAGUACUGUGAGCAGGAGUCGAGCCCCAGUAUUGGCCAGGAGGACCUUGAGACCACACAGAUUAAAGAGGAACAUGGUGAACUCGGGACCAGUCAAGAGGAAGAGCAGCUUCAAGUACCGGAGUCUGAUACCAAAGAAGACUCCAUAUCUACUCCUCCCUGUGUGAAAAAUUAUGAGGACCGACCUCAGCAUUCACAUCUUUCCAGAACCAAAACUGUGGAGAACAGAAUGAGGGAGUCUCUACUGACCAACACAACUGGACAGAUCAAAACAGAACCUGAUGGCUAUGGAGUAUCACUAUCAGAACCAACCAGUGACUCCCCUCAGUCUCAGCCCGUCUCUGAAGUAAGUCCAGACUCUUCUAGAACACAAAGUCAGAACACUGAGAACACGGAAAGUGUUCCUAUUGUUCUGAGAGAUCUAGAAAGGAGACCAGAGGAGGAUACACAGACACACUCAUGUACUCAGUGUGGAGCCGUGUUCUAUGAGCUAUCCCAACUGGAGGCACACAUGCCAUCCCACACAGUACCAGACAGUGGUGACACUAGUCACAGGCAAAUCAUGUGCACAGUCUGUUGGAAGUCAUUCACAUCUACCAGUUACCUCAAGGUCCACCAGCGUUCUCACACUAAGGAAAAGCCCUUUCACUGUGGUGUGUGUGGCAAGAGCUUCAGCUACUCAGGGAAGUUCAGGGAACACCAGCGGAUUCACACAGGAGAGAGACCUUACCGCUGCCAUGUGUGUGGUAAACGCUUCAACCAGUCAGCCCACCUGAAGGCUCACUUGAGAGUACACACGGGGGAGAAACCCUACUCCUGUCCUGUCUGUGGGAAAGGAUUCAGUCAGUCUGGACAGAUCAAGGGACACCUCAGAACUCACAUCCAAGGGAGGUAG